CACGGUGGCAGCGCUCUCAUGUGGAUGGUCUCUUUGCCUGUUGCACUUGAUGGUCUGAAAUCCCUUUUCCUGAAUCAUGUCUGUGUGGGCCAAACUCGGAUCGACGUCUGCCUACCAUGCAAGGAUCCUGGGAGAGAGUGCAGCCGCACAGUCUCGCCAGCCUACGAGGUGCCGCUGGGGCUGCCCGCGGAGCCAGGGCGGGUGAAGGCAGCUGCGCGGGAGAGCACCGGAGCGCUGAAGGCCUGGCUGGCACGGCACCCCAGGAACCCCUACCCCAGCAAGGGGGAGAAGGUGAUGCUGGCUGUGGUCAGCCGGAUGAGCCUCACCCAAGUCUCCACGUGGUUUGCCAAUGCCCGCCGGCGCCUCAAGAAGGAGAAUAAGGCUGGCUGGGCACUGCGCGGUGCCUCGGACGGCGAGGACAGCGAGGGCGAGGGCACCCUGCCAAGUGCCCCACCUGGCCCCAGCCCCAUGCAGGAUGGGUGCGGGGGCAGCCCCGAGCAGGGUUCAGGCCCUGGGCAGGGCAAGCAGCCCCAAAAACCCAAGAUCUGGAGCGUGGCGGCGAUGCUGGCAUCUGCCCCCGGUGAGACCGGGUGCGCCCCAGGGGUGCCGGCGGUGCUGGAGCAGGGGUAG